CCUACCCACCUCUGGUUACCGUUUAGCUCCAAGGUAACGACAGCUUGGGGGUGAGUGGAGGAGAGAGAGAGCUCAUGCCCUCAACCUCAUCGUCUCUCAUCUUACAACUCGGCCUCAAAGUGCGUAGGUACGUCAAUCAACCCCACACAUCGACGACUGCUCCCAAGAUUCUCAAAUUUUCCGACAAGGUCAAAAGUACGAGAAGCAAAACAAACAAGCACACGAGCGCGCGCACAUAGAAGAAACAAACGUCCUCCGGCAAUGAGAAGAUGACAUGAUGGAAGCGUCUCAUCCCUCGGCAGGAUGGGAGAGCGUCGGCGACAAGUGGUACCGCAAGGUCCAGCUCUACACCGAGGUCUUUGACCAGGACCUCGACCUUGACAACCACAUCGUCGCCGGCGCCCCCUACGGCGGGGCCCUCGCCCUCUUGCGAGACGACACAAAGAUCCAGGCGUACCGCGUCAACCCAGGAAGCGGCGGCGCCUCGUCUUCUAAGCCCGGCAUCGACAUCUACUCAUACGCCGGCAAGCUCCUUCGCCGCAUCCCCUGGGACCAGGGCUCCGGCUCCAUCAAGGGCCUCGGCUGGGCCAACGUCGCCGGUGGCGAGGAGAGGCUGCUCGUCGUCACGACGGACGGCACCGUGCGUGCCUACGACCUGCAGGGCGACUUCACCCAGUUCUCCCUGGGCAACGGCGCCGACGAGUCGGGCGUCGUCAGCUGCCGCUUCUACGAGACCGGCAUGGUCGCCCUCCUGGGCAACGACACCUUCGUCUCGGUCACGUCGUACGCGGAACCGAGGCCGCGCCUGCUCGCGACCCCGCCCACCGACCAGGGCGAGAUCCACGCCUGGGCUGUAGUCGCGCCCGAUCACACCCUCUCGCGCUCCGUCGAGGUGCUGCUGAGCAUCGGGGAGACGGUAUACGUCGUCGACGCGGCCGAGUGCGAGGAUCGCUUUCUGGACCUCGGGCCCUUUAGCCACAUCAGCGUGUCCCCCGACGGGAGGCUGAUUGUACUGUACACCAAGACGGGCAAGGCCCAUGUGAUUUCUAGCGACUUUUCAGAGCGGCUGGUCGAGCACGACUCGCAGUCCAAGAUCCCGCCAAAGUACGUUGAGUGGUGCGGAUCCGACGCCCUCAUUGCGUGGGAGGACGAGGUGCACAUCAUCGGCCCGGACGCCGCCACGGCCGAGUUCUUUUACGACGGACGCGUGCACGUUGUAUCGGAGCACGACGGCGCGAGACUCAUCACAAACGAUGCCUGUGACUUUCUGGAGCGCGUCCCGCACGCCACGGAGGAGGUCUUCGGCACCCGCGCCGAGUCCUCAGCGGCAUCGAUCCUCCUCGACGCCGUCGGCCAGCUGGAGCUCCAGUCGCCCAAGGCCGACGACUACAUCCAGCUGAUCCGGGGCAACCUCACCGAGGCCGUCGACACGUGCGUCACGGCCGCCGGCCGCGAGUUCAGCGUCCACUGGCAGAAGCAGCUCCUCAAAGCCGCGUCAUUUGGCAAGUCGGUGCUCGACAUCUACAACAGCGACGAAUUCGUCGAUAUGUGCGAGACCCUCCGCGUGCUCAACGCCGUGCGCUUCUUUGAGGUCGGCCUACCGCUCUCCUUCGAGCAGUACCAGCGCCUCACCCCCGAAGGGCUCAUCAAGAGGCUCAUCAACCGCCACGAGUACCUCCUCGCCCUCAAAAUUGCCGGGUACCUGCGCCUCCCGACCGACCGCAUCUAUGUCCACUGGGCCUGCGCCAAGGUCCGCUCCGGAGCCGAAGACGACGACACCAUUUGCAGGCUGGUCGUCGAGCGCCUCUCCGGAAAGCCUGGCAUCUCCUUUGAGGAAAUCGCCCGCGCGGCCUACGACGAGGGUCGUGGCCGCCUCGCGACCGAGCUGCUCAACCAUGAGCCCCGCGGCGGGCGCCAGGUGCCGUUGCUCCUCAGCAUGGAGGAGGACGAGCUCGCCCUCGACAAAGCCAUCGAGAGCGGCGACACGGACCUCAUGUACACCGUGCUCCUCCAGCUCAAGAAGAAGCUGCCGCUCGCCGCCUUCUUCCGGACCAUCAACGCCCGGCCCACGGCGACGGCGCUCGUCGAGGCCUCGGCCGCGCGUGAGGGCGAGAACGCCCUCCUCAAGGACCUCUACUACCAGGAUGACCGCCGCGUCGACGGCGCCAGCGUCUUCAUCCGCGAGUCGCUCGGUCAGCCCGACGCUCGCACGGCGUCGGACAAGCUCGCCCUCGCCGCGAAGCUGCUCUCCGACUCGCGGGAGGCCGCGUUCGAGGUGCACGCCCUCAAAGAGGCGCAGACGCUCCUCAAGAUGCAGGAGGCCUUCGACCGCGACCUCACCGACACCUUCACCGGGCUCAGCGUCAACGAGACCAUGUUCAAGCUCAUCCGGCUCGGGUACCACAAACGCGCCAACAAGAUCCAGAGCGAGUUCAAGGUGCCGGACAAGGUUGCUUGGUGGAUCAGACUCCGCGCGCUUGUUGCGAAGCGUGACUGGAACGAGAUUGAGGAGCUCGCAAAGACAAGGAAAAGUCCAAUCGGGUGGGAGCCGUUCUUCAACCUCACGCUGCAGGCCGGCAACCCGCGGCUGGCGGCAAUCUUUGUGCCCAAGUGCACGGGUCUGGAGCCGGGGACGACCAUCACAAUGUACGAGAAGUGCGGGAUGCGGGUCAAGGCGGCGGAGGAGGCGGCGAGGCUCAAGGACGCCGAGGCGUGGGGCAGACUGCUCGAAGCGGCCGGGCGGAGCACGCAGGAGGGGCGGGAUAUCGAAAGGCUCGGAGCCGCUGUCUUCAAGAAGUGAGGCUGCGACGCGCGGGACGUAGAGAAAAAUCCUCGUUCUACUCGGAACGCGACGAAGACAUCGGACGAAAGAUGGAUCUGACGGGUUGAAAGGGGGUGUGUGUGGAGUGAGUCUCAUCAUACACUAGUAAUAUGGCAGAAUGAAGAUGAUGGUUUACUGAGCACAGGUAUAUGCGGCGCCCCGGUGAAAGCAACACAGUGAAAGAUGGACUGAACAUUUACUGUGUAGGGAGAGGCGAUGUACGACGGCGUAGGUAUAUCGGGGGUUGAGCUUGUUCGCCGCGCAGCGACCGACCGGGGUCACCCGGCGCUCUCUGUGCAUGGAACUUGGGGAUUCUGAGCUAGCUUCCUCAAUUGCCGACCGAUUAUGCCAGAAGCAACUCGGACCUUGCCAAGUGCAGCCGGUGAUAUGCCACCUCAGUCGGUUGGGGUGUCUACUUGGUUGUGUGUGUGUGUGUGUGUGUGUGUGUGUGUGUGUGUGUGUGGGUGGAUG